GUUUUGGUGGUGACGCCGACAUAAAAUCGUCUCGCUUCGUUGUCUGGAUAUGUUGUGUACAUUGAUGGUUUUCCUGGAUUAGUUCGGAAUCACAGGACACACAAUGGAACCAGAACUUGAUCUCAAAGUUAAGGAGCAACCGGCGAGACCAUUUAAAUUGGCUCACCAAAUUGUUAGUUUAACCGGAAUUAGUUUCGAAAGAAAAAGUAUAAUUGGAGCUGUGGAAUUAACAAUUGUUCCCACAAAGGAAAAUUUAAGAAUCAUACGUUUGAAUGCCAAACAGUGCCGUGUGUACCGGGUGUUGCUGAACGAUGUCUGUGAAGCAGAUUUUGUUUAUUUCGAUCCAUUUUUGGAUAUAUGCCAGGGAGAUGCCAAAACCCGUUCAUUGGAGACUUUUUCCAAGUUCCAUUUAACAGCGGCACAGAAAACAGAUCCCGAUGCAAAUUGUGGAGAAUUGCUGAUCCAGGUGCCACCCGAAGGCUACCAUAUGAUACAAGAGGGACGUGGGCUACGAAUUGGCAUUGAAUUCUCUUUGGAGAAUCCUCAGGGCGGCAUACAUUUUGUCAUACCGCCCACGAAUGACGACGAUCCCCAACCCAACAGUGCCCAUAUGUACACACAUUCCUAUGAGAACUCGUCACGUUUGUGGUUUCCAUGCGUUGAUAGUUUUGCAGAUCCGUGUACAUGGAAAUUGGAGUUUACUGUGGACAAGCAUUUAACUGCUGUUUCUUGUGGCGAACUAAUGGAAGUGGUGAUGACGCCCGACUUGCGUAGGAAAACUUUUCACUAUUCCCUAAAUGUGCCAGUGUGUGCUCCAAAUAUUGCAUUAGCCGUGGGACCCUUUGAAAUCUAUGUCGAUCCACAUAUGCAUGAAGUAACACACUUUUGUUUGCCACAGCUGUUGCCGUUGCUCAAGAACACUGUGCGCUACUUGCACGAAGCUUUUGAGUUUUUCGAAGAGACCUUAUCUACCCGCUAUCCGUUCUCAUGCUACAAACAGGUAUUUGUAGAUCACGCAGAUGCAGAUAUAAGUGCCUAUGCCACAAUGAGCAUAGCUUCGGUACAUCUUUUGCAUAGCAUAGCUAUAAUUGAUCAAACUUAUGUUUCGCGAACUCUCAUGUCUAGAGCUGUGGCGGAACAGUUUUUUGGAUGUUUUAUAACGUCACAUCAUUGGUCAGAUACUUGGCUGGCCAAGGGCAUUGCGGAGUACUUAUGUGGCCUCUAUUCACGCAAAUGUUUUGGCAACAAUGAGUACCGCGAAUGGAUACAAAAAGAGCUGGACAGGGUGGUGAAGUAUGAGGAGCAGUAUGGCGGUAUUAUUUUGGAUUGUAGCCAGCCUCCUGCACCGCUGCCUGUGAGUAGCACUAAUCCGGCGGCUUCCUCAGCCAAACAUCAGGAAAUUAUUCACUAUUUCCCCAUAAAAAGUUUACACACGGUUUCUCCAAAAUAUGUGGACGCCAUGAGGAGGAAAGCCCAUUUGGUUAUACGAAUGGUGGAGAAUCGUAUAGGCCAAGAAUUGCUAAUACAGGUAUUCAACAAACAACUGGCCUUGGCAACAAAUGCGGCUGGGACAAAAAUCGGUUCGGGACUUUGGCAUCAUUUGCUCAUAUCCACAAAUAUUUUUAUAAAAGCUAUUUUCACGGUUACCGGCAAAGAUAUGUCGGUAUUUAUGGAUCAAUGGGUACGCACUGGUGGCCAUGCGAAAUUCUCGCUUACAUCCGUUUUCAAUCGCAAACGUAAUACAAUUGAGCUGGAAAUUCGUCAAGAUUUUGUUAAUCAACGGGGUGUACGAAAAUAUAAUGGGCCACUUUUGGUUCAACUACAAGAGUUGGAUGGUACUUUCAAGCAUAUGCUCCAAAUCGAAAAUGUUGUGGUCAAGGCGGACAUAACAUGUCACUCGAAGAGCCGGCGAAACAAGAAAAAGAAAAUUCCAUUAUGUACGGGAGAGGAAGUCGAUAUGGAUCUAUCGCCCAUGGAUGACUCACCUGUACUGUGGAUACGAUUAGAUCCGGAGAUGAUUUUGAUAAGAGAUUUAAAUAUCGAGCAACCCGAUUUCCAGUGGCAAUUUCAACUGAGGCAUGAACGUGAUGUCACCGCUCAAUUUGAGGCUAUCAAAGCCUUGGAGAAAUAUCCCACGAAUGCAACCCGAUCAGCUUUGACUGAUGCCAUUGAAAAUGAGCAGUUUUUCUAUAAAGUUCGUUGCGAGGCAGCAAAUUGUUUAACAAAGGUGGCCAAUCAAAUGGUUACUCAGUGGAGUGGUCCACCUGCUAUGUUGAAUAUAUUCCGGAAAUUCUUUGGUUCAUUUAGUGCACCGCACAUUAUAAAACAAAAUAAUUUCUCGAAUUUUCAAUUGUAUUUUUUGCAAAAAGUUAUACCCGUCGCAAUGGCUGGUCUUCGCACAUCUCAUGGUAUCUGUCCACCGGAAGUCUUGCGUUUUCUAUUCGAUCUAUUCAAAUACAAUGACAAUACACGUAAUCAUUACAGUGAUGUCUACUAUAGGUCUGCUUUGGUAAAUGCUUUAGGUCAUUCAAUUACACCAGUUGUAUCAGUGGUUUUGAGAGGCACACCCAUCACUUCGGAUAGUCUUUCAGCAGAUGCAAAGCUUGUUCUGGAAGAGGUUACACGUCUAUUGAAUUUGGAAAAACAUUUACCUUCAUACAAGUACAUGGUAUCGGUGUCGUGUUUAAAAGUCAUAAGAAAGCUCCAGAAAUGUGGCCAUUUGCCCUCAUUACCCAAUAUUUAUCGCUGCUAUGCCGCUUAUGGCCAGUAUCUGGAUCUAAGAGUUGCUGCCAUGGAAUGUUUGGUAGAUUUUGUUAAAGUCGAUGGUCGUUGGGAAGAUUUGGAUCAUUUAAUAACUCUGCUGGAGACAGAUCCGGAUCCGGCAGCUCGCCAUGCAUUGGCUCAGCUAUUAAUUGAUAAUCCUCCCUUUACCAGAGAGUCAAAGAGCCGUUUGGACCGUCCCGAGUUGGUGGAGAGGCUUUGGAGCAAUAUGAAUAACAAGUUGGCAUUUGAUACAAAGCUACGCUGUGACAUGGUCGAUCUUUAUUAUGCCUUAUAUGGUACGAGACGCCCACUUUGCUUACAAUCGGCCGAAAUGAAUAGUAUGUAUAAGGAUUUCAUACGCGAAGGAACAUCAAAGAAAACUUCCAGUGCGGCAUCAUCCUCCAUACCCAAAGUCCUGCCGGAAGUUAAAACAGAGAUACGACGUGAUGAACCGGAUAUAUUAGAAAGCAAGUCCAAUGUUAUGACAGCUAUAAAACGUACAGCAAGCGAAGCAUUUGAAGAUACCGAUGUUGGAAGUAUCAAAAUGGAAACUCACGAAGAAAUCGCCGUUGUUAAUGAAAUAAUAAAAGAUGAAAUUUACGAAGAUGGCGUUAAAAAAUUGGAAGUUUCCCAUGUUGAAAGUGAAACAUAUGUUUCGGAGACGAAAAAACUUAAAAGCGAAGCAUUCGAUGAAGAUGAUAAUUCAGUUACAAUUAUUGAUAUAUCUGAGACUACAAUUACACGAAUGGACAGUAGUUUUGAUUCCUCUAGGGCAGACGGAGACCUGAGACAGAAAAUGGAUGCCUCUUCAAAGAAGAAAAAGAAAAAGGACAAAAAGAAGCACAAACACAAGCAUAAGCAUAAGCACAAUCGUGAAAAGGACAAAGAUCGUGAACGCCGUGAAAAGCGAGAUCCCAAUAUUUCACGUCUACAGACUAAGGAGGCGGCCACUCCAGAAACCUUAAGUUCGGCUGACAGCAGCAACAGCAAUAGCAAUCCCCCAUUUAAUUUUCAUACAUAGCAUCGGCUUUUGAAUCACUCCAUUAAGUUUGAAUCAUUUCUGAUGAAGAGAUAGAUAAAUAAUUGCAAAUUUAGAGAUAAGGAUUUUAUAUACAUAUUGAGGUUAACUGUAAGUUAUACACCGUAUCAAUGAUAAUUGAAAUCAGACUUAUAGUCUGUCCAUGUACAAAAUCAAAUCAAAUAAAUAGACAUUUCAGAUUUAUUUUUUCCAA